UUCUUAACACAAACAAACCAUUAUAAUAAACCAAUCAUUACAUCUAAAACGAAUUCCGAAAUAUUUCACUCAACCACAGCUUUCAUCUCUAGUCUCGUAGCGCGUAGCUCGUAGCCCGUAGCCCGUAGUUCGUAGCCCGUAGCUCAGUCAGCGCGUGCGGUCCGUGGAAGCCGGGCGUCACCGCACCGCUGUACCGGCGCUCCCGACGUGUACGCAACUUAUAUAGAACAUUUACGAUUCAUAAUUAAAAAAAAGAAACUUAAAAAGUGCCAGUUCACUGUUCCUUGGAAUUGUUUGACUCACGUGCUUAAGAUUAAUGAAAUACUCACUGAAGUUACGAUAAUAAUAAGAAGCGUGUUAGAAGGGAAAAUAAUAGUGCCUAUGUAAAAAAUAAUAUUAGAAAAUUAAUUUAAAGUGAUAAAGUGUAACGUUCCAUUAAUUAAAGUUAGGAUGAAACAUGUGUAAUUAGCGAGGGGAAAAUCUAUGAGGCGAGUGUAGAAAUGUGUGUAUAUUUAAUCAAGAGUGUAACAAAGUGCUUAUUUUGAAGUGUAAUGGUAGAGUAGGUUAGAGUAUUGUGUAGUGUGUGUGGGUAAAAGAGAGGCAAGAUGUUGCCGGUGCCCCAGGAUCGUAUGUCUGGUCGUCGGAGCAGUUCCAUCGUCAGCAGGACUUUGCUCGGGCGCCGGGCUUCUGUCUACGUCACCGGCCAGCAUCAGGACCCUGCCAAGCUGAUAACGGAGAUCAACGUGCAGUUGGCGUUGUUCCGAGACCUGUUAAUCCACAUCGGGCAGCCACACGACUGCCCGGAGCUGCGCGAGCGCGUGCGUCGACUGCGCCGCGCAUGCGUAGAAGCCACCAAGACUACCAGCCAACUAGUUUUACCUAAUUGUAAAAAGUCAACGAGCGACGGGUGCGCGGAACAGCCUCAGCUGGUGCUCCUAUACUUCAUGGCACAACUCCUGCUUCGGGAGCUCGCCAAGUGCCACCGCCUUGUACAGCUUGUGCCAAUGGAUAUGACCUCGUAUUAUGAGAACCGAGCCGGUCCGUCCAAUUUCGGCAACGUGAUAAGUCAGAUCCUGCUGUGCAAGCAGAUCACUCCUGACUUCAACCAGGAGGAGCUCUGCAGCAUCGUGAAAGACACGCAGGAGAUCACCAGAAUAGUUAAUGAUAUACAGGAAUAUUUGCCACAGCAUGAAAAUCUCAAUCAUUUAGAGAGCAACAUCGCGUUGAAAGGUGACGACGUAAACGGCCUGUGGAGGAGCAAGCGGAGAGGAUCGAUGUACAAAGGCAUGGGAGUGCUGUGUUGUGUGUCGCGGCCCAACUACCUCUGAGGGUGACAAGUCUCGCCCACGAGGCGGUUCAGCCCUGAACACACGACCAUCACCUCCCCGGUCUGCUAAGAAACUGACUCCAGUGCAUGACAGUGAGUGACAGUGACGUGCUGUGCAAAAUGAAUGGGUCCAUUACAUUGUUUAAUUAGUAAUCGAUUAGCGAACUGACAUGACAUGUUACGGUGGGUGAUUUAAACGUAUUCACAUAUUGUAGUUCAAUUAUAUCUAAGUAAUUCAAUAGAAUAAGUACUGCAUACAUUCAUGCAUAGAUUUAAUAUUAUUAUGAAUUGCCUGGAAUGGGAUCAAUUGCGUUUAAGUAGUAUGUAAUACAAAUAAUUAGUAUUGUUUUGCACCAAAGGUCAUUGCAUCGAUGGCUGUGUUGGUUUGAUUUCCAUUCGUAUUAUUAGGUUUAACUUUUUUACCCUGUUACUAUCUACGAUAUUUUAUUUAAGUGUUUGUUUUGGAGUAGGUUUACCUCAUUUAUUAUGUAGUUUUCCAUCCCUCACUACAUUAUUUAUAGCUAGAAAACUAUCUCGUAUGCUGUUAGAUAUUCAAAAUAGCCUAAUGUUUCAGUAAGUACAUACUAGUCGGGUCACAGUUUACCAUCUCUUUGUCCUACGAAUUUGUGACUUAUUUUUCUAGUCUAUUUAUAUUCGAAAAAUGUAGAACUAACGUAUCUUUUUCACAGUACUUGUAAAUAAAAUUGGAUAUAAUUUACUGAGAUAUGGAACCGAAGGAUUCUCUCUCAUCUACAUUUAUUUGUAUUAAUUUGGUACAUUUCUAGGUACAUAAUUAUACGAUAUAAUACCAAAUAUUAGCUGAUAUUAGAUACUUGAAGUAUUGUAAUAAAUAAUUUUAAUAAUGGCCUAGUCAUUGUUACAUGAAUUAAUCUUGAAUAUUCUAGUCAAUUAUUGUAAUACCAUGAAAUUGCUAAGUUAAUUAAAUUAGGCAUGCUAAACAGAAUUAACAAAUAAAUAAUAGAUUAGUUAUGUAAUCUUUAUCAAUGUCACAAUAAGAAAAUGGGAUUUCUAUCAGCUUGCGACUUUUUAAAAAACAUAAAAUAAAAGUACACAAAUAAAAAUGAAUUACACAUGUGAAUGUAUGAAUAGUCAUAACUCGAAAACGGCUCGAUGGAUUCGGCUGUAUUUUUUUUGCUGUGUGAUUGGAUAUCGCAUUUUAAUAAAAACACAUAAAAAUAAAUAACUUUGGGUAAAUUUUACCACUCAUGACAUCAAAAUAUAACAUGAACUAAUAAAUAUAAAGUAAUAAACUUUGUACGAAGUUAUUUACUAUACAUAGAGAGGCAUAGUAGUUAAUAUACUCGACAUGUCAUGAGCAUAUAAAGGCCACCGCUAUCCGCAUCACAGAAUCCUAACACACUACUUAGAGCUUUGUAGAUAAUAUGAAGUUUCUACAUUAACGAAUAAUCUACAAAAGCAUGUUAAAAUAAUUGUGUACAUACAUAUGUGUUAACCGACUACAAAGCAUAGUAAAGAAGUUAUGUAUUCAUCAUAUUUUGUCUAGCCUACAAUCCUCUCGGUUUAUUCUUACCACCGUACUCAGAGCUAUUUAAUGAUUACUUAACACAGUCCUUAGUAAUUGUUUUCAAUACAAAAUCGUUACUAAGGAACAGUUUAAGUAAUCAUUAAAUGUCUCUGUGUGCGGUAGUUAUACUUACAGACUAAGUUUCCAACUCUACAUUAAGAAUUUGAUAGCUUGUAAAAGUGUAUCUCAAAUCAUAAUUAUAUUAGUCAAAUGUUGCCUAAAUAUAUCUAUAUUUAAUACAUAGUUAUUCAAUAAGAUGUAAAACAAUAAGUACGAUAUAUAUUACAAGUGGAUAUCUGUUAUAUCUACGUAAGUAUAGGAAAUAUUUAUUUGAACGUAGUGCACUGCAAACACAGGUACCUAAUGAAUAAAUAAUUUAAGUAAUGUAGACGUCACGCAAUUAGGUACACGAUAUCAUUAAUUUAUCAAAGAGCACCAGAACACGUAGGCAAAUUGUAUUGUUUUAUUACUUUUCUAUUUCAAAUUGUACUUUAAUCGUAUAGCCUAACGGUUCAAUUUGUGUAACACUAUUAUAUUAAUCCACUUGCUAAAGUGAAGACUGUGAUAUACUCGUAAUAUAAAAAUUAUUAUUAUUAUAGAAGAAAAUAAUUAUGCAUUAGUAAAAACGUAAUUGAAUUACAA